CCUUUCUCAGCUCAGAACCAUCAGCAAACUGUCUGCUAAACAUCUUGAGGUAUUUUUCCAAGCUCCGUAGCACAUUGGUAAAACAGCAACUGCAGUCAUUAUAAAGUGUCACAUUUAGGAUGAAGAUUCUCCUUCUUUCCGCUGUACUGGUUCUUGGAGCCUUUGGGGUUCAGGGCCAGCGGACAUUGACCUGCCAUGAGGAUCAGACCCAGACCAAGGUAGCAUUUUCUGCAACCCUAAAAGCCUUCGAUGCACCUUGGGGAGCUGUUGGUCCUCUCCCUCAAGACACAGUCAUGGUCUACAAAGGAGUGUUCCUCAAUCUUGGAGGAGCAUACAACCAUACAACAGGAAUCUUCACUGCGCCCGUGAACGGAGUCUACUCCUUCAACUUCCACAUUUACGGCUACAGCAGUAUUAAAAUGGGCGUGAGCCUUUUCAAGAAUGAGCAGCGCAUUUCCACUGCCUACGACCACCCCUCCUCUGACAGCACGGACACGGCCAGUAACAGCGCUCUGCUGAGUCUGAACAAGGGAGACGAGGUCACCAUUCACCUUUGGGCUGAUCACCAGGUCUACAUGAGUUCCAACAAUCACAAUACCUUCAAUGGUUUCCUGGUUUUCCCACUGUGACCAAAUGCAAGCAAUACUUCUCACUGCCCCUUAGAGUGGCUGUGCUGUCUGUGGGGUCAGAGGGAGCCUACGGAAGGUUUUGAUUAAUAAAGCAUUUGAAAGCAAA